AACAUGUGUUAGCUCAUAGAUUAGCUGCUUCACACUAUAUUAGCUUCAAUACAACUUGCAGAAUCAUAUUUUGAAACGGAAACCAAUUUGGAUGUCUAAUUCAACCGCCUUUCAAUUAAGAAACUGAACUUGCGCUACAUUUUUACAAAGUUAUGGACCUUCUGUAUACAAGUAGACAUUGCUUGCAUUCACAUAAAUUAUUUUAUAGGCUGCAUUAAAACUUACCUACUUGAACAUUUCCUUAAAUAAGACAUUGCUCAUUUGCGUAUUGUCUUCGUUUUUAAAAUGUGUUCAGCGUUGCAUAUUACUUUGUUAACUUUGUCAAUAUACAGCAUUGCUCGUUCUGAGUUGCUAGAAUCCGAGGACAUUAUACCUAUCAGGGUAACUAGUCGGAGAAACGGCGGUCGUCCGUGGAAAAGAGACCAGGAACUCAGUUUCAGUCUCACUGCAUUUGGUAAAGACUUCACGCUUCACUUGACUCCGGAUGACAGGUUCCUAGCUCCGACCAUUAGGGUCCAGCGCAUCAAAUCGAAACGUCUUUCUUCACUAUUAGAUGCAUUUAACACAAGGGAGACAGGGACGCAAUCUGACAGUAACAAUAUCAACGAUGUUAACCACAACAAGGACAUUGAAGAAGAUCUGAAAAGUUGUUUUUAUUCGGGAACCGUAGAUUUCAAGCAAGACUCCUUAGUUGCUGUCAGUCUGUGUCGUGGGAUCCAAGGAUCGUUUGUGACAGAUGGAGACGAGUAUCUGAUUGAGCCUAAAAGGUCUGGAAUUGGCAAACUGAAGAAAACCAUCAAGCAGCUGCACGUUAUUAAAAGAAGAGUUUCCACCAACACGCGUGGGGCUACAACUACAUUCGACCAAUUGAAAGAUGAAACAUACGGGAAAUCAGAAAGAAGCGCAUUCUCCUUUGGUGAGAUGAAUGGUCAAACGCGGAAUAGGCAGAAACGUUUUGUUUCUGCAGCGAGAUAUGUCGAGACGUUGGUGGUGGCAGACUCCUCAAUGACACGUUUCUAUGGAGAUGAGAUAAAGCACUACAUCCUGACCCUGGUUGCCAUGGCAGCACAGAUCUACAAGCACCCUAGCCUGAAGAACUCAGUCAGCAUGGUGGUGGUGAAGGUGUUGGUGGUUGAGGACGAGGAUGUGGGGCCAGAGAUCUCCAGCAAUGGCGGCGUGACUUUACGCAACUUCUGCAACUGGCAACAGCUCUUCAACCCCUCCAGUCACCGACACCCGGAGCACUAUGACACUGCUGUCCUCUUCACCAGAAAGGACAUCUGUGGACAUCAGAGUUGUGACACUUUGGGGGUUGCUGAUGUGGGUACCAUGUGUGACCCCAAAAGAAGCUGUUCUGUCAUCGAAGACAACGGGCUCCAAGCUGCAUUCACCUUGGCCCAUGAGCUUGGCCAUGUGCUCAGCAUGCCACACGAUGACUCCAAGACCUGCGAAUGGCUGUUCGGGAACCAGGGGGGACACCACCUGAUGGCCCCCUUCUUUGUCCACCUCAAUAAGACCCUGCCCUGGUCCCCGUGCAGCGCCCUCUAUAUCACCGAGUUCUUCGAUAGCGGACAUGGGGACUGUCUGUUGGAUGUGCCGGGCAUGACUGUGCCUUUGCCUGCCGAGGUGCCGGCCCGCGCUUUCAGCCUGGACGUGCAGUGCCAGCAGGUGUUCGGGGGGGAGCUCGAACACUGCCCCAACACCUCCGACACGGACGUCUGCAGCAAGCUGUGGUGCAGGGAGAGAGGGCAGCUGCAGUGCCUCACCAAGAACGGGAGCCUGGCCUGGGCCGACGGCACGCCGUGCGGCUCCAACAGGACCUGCCUGAACGGCGUCUGCGUGGGAGCUGAGGAGGUCCUGCAGCCCAAGGUAGUUAUAGAUGGAGGAUGGGGGCCGUGGGGGCCUUGGGGAGAUUGUUCCAGAACAUGUGGAGGUGGAGUGGAGUUCUCCCACCGGGACUGCACCCACCCCGAGCCCCAGGACGGGGGGAGAUACUGCGAGGGACAGAGAGUCAAGUACCAGUCCUGCAACACUCGCCCCUGUGGGAACAAUAAGGGAAAAAGCUUCAGAGAAGAGCAGUGUGAGAAGUACAACUCUGUGGGUGACCUGGAUAUCCAUGGCAACAUCAGGCAAUGGAUUCCAAAAUAUGCUGGUGUGGCCCCCAGGGACCGUUGCAAGCUCUUCUGCAGAGUGCGAGGGGGCAGUGAGUUCAGAGUCUUUGAAUCCAAGGUAAUCGAUGGUACCACGUGUGGCCCCGACACCACGUCUGUCUGUGUCCUGGGCCAGUGUGUGAAAGCAGGCUGUGAUCGGGUGAUUGGGUCCAACCAAAGACUAGACAAGUGUGGUGUGUGUGGAGGGAAUGGCUCCAGCUGCAGGAAGGUGACUGGCUCCAUGAACAAAGCCAUGUAUGGCUAUAAUGACGUUGUGACCAUCCCAGCUGGGGCCACCAACAUUGAUGUCAAGCAGCGCAGCCAUCGAGGAAUCAAACAUGACGGCAACUACCUGGCUAUCAAGGGGGAGACGGGCGGCUACAUCCUGAAUGGGAACUUCUCUGUUUCCACAGUAGAGCAGGACAUUCCCGUAUCAGGAGCUGUGCUGAAGUACAGUGGCUCUUCCACCACCCUGGAGCGCAUCCAGAGCUUCCAGCAACUGAGGGAGGCGGUGACUAUCCAGCUGCUGGCCACAGCUGGAGAUGCAACCCCACCCAAAAUCAAAUACACCUUCUUCAUCCCCAAAGAUGUCUCCUUCAGAAAACACAGUGAGAAGAAGGCCUCCCUGAAUGCCAUCCAGCCUUUCGGCACCUCUCACUGGGUCUUGGGGGAGUGGUCCGACUGCUCUAAGAGCUGCGGUUCCGGUUGGUCCCGGAGGACCAUUGAUUGCAGAGACGGCGGCGGUUUCCCCUCCCUCCUCUGUGACGAGCAGCUGAGGCCCAGCGACAUCAAGCCCUGCGGAGACUUGCCUUGCCCCAUCUGGCAAAUGGGGCCCUGGUCCUCCUGCUCUCGAACCUGCGGCCUCGGGCAGCGCCACCGCAGCAUCCACUGCCUGGACUACGCCGGGAAGAUAGUGGAGCCCAAGAGUUGUGACCCUGUCAAGAAACCCAAGCCAGCUGCUAUGGAGUGCCUUUACCAAGACUGCUGAGACCUGCACAGAGCCUGCUAAGUGCUGAGCCAAAUGCAGUGAAGGAUAGGGACGAGCAGAGUAAGGGAGUCGAAUGUUGAGGAGAACAAUGAAAUAAAGGAAUCAAAUUGCUAAGGACUAACCCACCUUGACCUGUGCCUCAGACAUAGGCUUGAGGGAAAAAAAAGGUGUAGAAUCUGCACUACUUGAUUUAAGCGAGGUUACAGAGUGUUGGACCGGUUUGAAAGAUUUACUAUUCUUUAUUCGUUUUCUUUAUGUUUUUUCAUGUUUUUCAAAACCACUAUUGAAGGUUCAGCCCAAUAGAUAUCUACCUCAGUUGAUGUGAAAAUUGUAUAUCAUAUCCAUAUAUUUAUAAUAUCAAUCCUUGGUAAACUGGAACAAAAGUAUUUUUUUGCACAAAUAUAUGAAAAUGUGUAAAAUUGUAAUGCUCAAGACACACCAAGUUACAGCAUACAAUGGCUUACAAAUGGUUUGUCCUGAUCUGUGCCUCGCCAAAAUGUUAAAUUUUAGGUCUACAGAGAGUUCCUUGGACUUCAUGGCUUGGCUUUUGUCCUGACAUGCAGUGUGAAUUGUGGAACCUUAUAUACACACAGAUGUGUUCCUUUCUAUACUAUGUCCAACUAAUUCAACUUGCCACAGGCACAGACUCCAAUCCAGUUCUAGAUGCAUCUCAAUAGUUUUCACUUCAUUGUUAUGAAGCCAGAGUAUGUUUUAUAAAUUUCCAAAAAUAAACUUGAUUCAGGACUUUAUAUUAGUGAGUAAGUAAAUUGAAUCAUUAAAAAUUGUUUGCGUAGGUCAACUACAUAUAUACUAUAUAUACUGCAUAUGGUGUAGUGUUGGCAGUGUUUGAAAUGUUAAAUAACCAUAUUAUGUAUUUGUGCAAAAACAGAUUUAUUUUUUAAUCAUAUUUUUGAUAUUGUUUAUCAAGGAUUUUAAUACAUUUGGAGUCUACAUAAAUAUAAAACAGUACUUAGGGUUAUUUAAAAAACAAAUUAUUAUCAUUCUAAAAUCCUUCUCUGCAAUUGUUUCUUUACUGAAUGAGAACAAAAUUGGGUGGGUUAUUCCUCAGGCAAGAAUAGAUGUGCGUAAUGAUGAGGCACUUAGAUGCAUUUUUCAGUGAAUGGUCAUGUGUGCGCAGAUCACCAUGCUUGCACCAAUGUAGAGUGUUAUAAUGUUUAUUUCUCCCUGGGAAAGUGUAUCCCACUCAAAUGCAAGUGCUGAUGGGAUUAUUUUGCACAAAGUAAGGUGCAAUGUGUGCAGUGAGAAUAUUGUCAAUGGCAUUAUACAGUCAGUGAACCUUAGUCACUAGCUGUUACAUUGUACCCAUGCAAUUGUAUUGCCUGGCGACUUGCUGAAGCAGAGUAGGCUACUACAGUACUUUGCCUGCCUCUGAGGUAGACAAACUGCCGCAUGAUUCAGCAUUGUAAGUAACACUGCGCUAAUUAUCACUCGGUCACUUUCGUUGUAAUGUCUGGUUUGCACAGGCACAACAUACUGACUUAAGUCAGUGAUGCAGCACCAAGCUGACAUGUAUCAUUGGUUCUGGGGCAUUCAUCAUGGAGCCAGUGUGCAUUCAUCAAUGUGAACAUAAAAGGAUAUUUUGGUAGCCUUGGGUAACAAAUGCAAACACUUGUUUUCGAAAUGUAGAAGUGACUGCCAAAGAGAAAGACAUAAGCAAAUCAAAAAUAAUUUGGCUAUUAGGGGCCUAUUGUUCUUUUGAUAAUACUGUAUUUUCUUUAUACCUUUAAAAAACAGCAGUGAAGAUCAUUCUGCUUCUAUCGUUUCCCUCUAAAAUGAACAUAGUCAAAACAAGAUAGAACCUAAAAUUUGAAAUUAUGCUCGACAGGAACGUUUUGCAUAUUGAACACACACAAAGUAUCAUCACAGUACUUUGGGAUGAAGCAAAACAUUGACUUACUAAAUUUGCACAGAAGUCAUGACUGUUUGCUAUGCUUGCAGAAUGGGAGUUUGUCAGUUUCUGACCAACCAAACUUUCUGGUGACCCUAGACAUUGACAUCCUUGCAUCUGAUACUUAUUUAUGAUGCUCUAUGGUGUGUAUAUUAGCAAUUGUUUGAAUGUAGUAAAAAAUAGUCGAGUGGUCUGGUAGUUAUGACGGUUGGUUCUUGAUGUAAGGUAAUAGAUAUUUAAGUUAAUUUCCAUACAGAAAGCUAAAAAAAAAAAAAAAAGAAUACACGUGUAAGGAGAUUCUCAUUUUGUUUCAAUGUGUCCUAUACAUUUUUAUAUAUUUGGUUAAACAUAUAUUAAUAAGAUUUUUUUUUUUUUCUUGAACUGUAUUUAAUGUAACAUCUAUAGAAAAAUAUUGCAGAUAUGCCUGAGCUUGCAGCACUCUAAUCUUUGAUCAUAUUUCUAAGGCGUUUAAACUAUGUUCAGAUGUUCUUACCUUUAUGAUAUGGUAAAUAGGACUUGGGAAAUCACUGAAUCUGUUAAGAUAUUGCACGUCAGACUGCAGCACUGAAAGUAAUCAUUCACUAUUUAGUCAGUUAGCUCCUUCCCUUUUGUGAGUAACAUACUUUUAGUUCAUUUGCAUCUAAUUAAGUUUGCUGAUCGGAUUUCUGAUAUCUGAUGUACUUUCAAACUGUACACAGUCAAACAGAAUGAAACUGUCAGAACAAGGUGCCGUUGCUCAUGAAAACAAAAGCUUUUACCGUAAAAAUGCUCAAAACUGUAUUUUGAAUACAGUUCUGUUUGAAAUACAAGGGAUUCUGGAAGGAAAGGAACAUUAUGCUGUGUCAAAGCAAUGUUUCUUUAUUUAUAAAUAUCUAAUACAUUUCCUGUAUCUAACCAAAUAGGACUUGCAAAGUUCCUAAUCAUGAAUAACAGCAGAUAUUGUGUGACAAACGUGUAUCUGUUAUCCUGUUGUGUUGUGAUAUUGUAAAUAGAUUUUUUUUUUUUAUUAUUCUGUAUUUUCUCAUUAGAAAUGUUUUGGCUUUUGUAUGUUUUUUUUUUUGUUUUUUUUUACUAUUAGUGUUCCUUUAGAUUAAGCUAUUUAUACAUAUUUGUUCCCAAUGACACAUUAUUAGUGAUAUAUCCAACUGUUAGAAUUUGAAUCACUCAGCCCAAAGCCAGAUCUAAAGCUUGAUUUUUCCUCAGCUUGUUAUAUUUAUGAUAAAACUGUUUUAGGUUAACUUUAUGAUUAUCUAUAUAGAUAGGACAUUAAUAUCCUUAUUUGGUGAUCUGGCAGUUGCCCAUAUAGGGGAAAAGAUACAGUAUACAAUGCAUGCCUUAAUAAGAAUACUGUAUAGGCGAACAUGCAUUUUUAAAUUAAUGUGUUGAAAUAUAGGAUAUGAAUACAUCUGUAACAAGUGAGAUAUUACGAGCCUUCGCUUUCGCUGCACUUCACCGUGCUGACUAGCGAACUAGCUGAGCUAACCCCGCUACACAUCCACCAAACCAACCACCUUUACUGAAAUCCACGCUACCCUCAUAGAGCUCGAAACCCUCCUGUAUUCUUUAUUUAUUUUAUUUUUGAAUGGGGUAUAAAAUCAGUGAUUGGUCCUUACAAGUGUUAUAGACAUGAUUCAAUAAAAGAUACUUUUGUGGCGAAUUACAUUUUAGAAUGGAUUUAGGACUAAGGACUGAAUGUGAGGAGCAUAUAAAUAAUUUUUCCAACUAAUUUCAGAAUUGGAAAAAUGGUAAUAAUGUACUGUAUAUACAGAUUUAGCUAUAAAUCCUCUUCUGACGGUUCUGUUCAGUUCCUAUCCAAUUCAUAUGUAAUUUGCAGUACAGGGCUUCUGUCUCGCACUUUGAAUUAGUGUGUAUAAUCCUUUCCACCAUUGCAUGUGACUUGGUGAAAAACAAAGUCAUCUACAAAUAAAUCUAAUAAAUAGCUUAAAAAAAAUACAGAUUACAUAUGCGUCUUCUGAAAAUUUGGGGUUAAUUUCAAAUGUAGAAUGUGUAUGCUGUAAUAUUCCUUCAGUGAAGGCCUGUGCUCUCAUAGCUUCCUUGUCAAGCUAUUUAUUUCUGUAAAGUUUCUGUAUCUGCACAUUUCAUCACAAUAGAAUGAAUGUUAGAUGCUGCUGUCUUUCAGAAUUAUAAGUGGUUAGUUAUGCGUAAAUGCAUGAAUAA